AUGGUUGUUUUAUGGUCAUCUCGAUUAACAUAUGCGUCGAUCAUCAUAUUAAAUUUAUCAACAUGGAUCGCUCUUCAAGGAGUGUGGAUGGAAUUUCCAUUGAUAAUUCCUCUUGUACCCGAAGGUUGGUCGUUACCAGCUCUCAUGUCACUUGUUUCAUGUUUGGCAAAUAUAUCACCAUUAAUGAUCAUUAUUAUGCGACGUAUUCAAGGAAGUCAACGAUUCUCAGAAAUACCUUAUAUUUAUGCACUUACAAUAACCGGAAUUCUUUCUUGUAUAAUAAUUGGAUUAUUUUGGAAUAAAACAAUUUUUAUAUUUAAUCAAAAACGUAGUGUCAUACUAAUAAUUGCCACAUUUUUUCUCUCAAUUCCAGAUUGUUCAUCGAGUCUAAUAUAUUUUGACUUUAUGAAACGUUUUCGUCCUAAAUAUUUGAAUGCCAUGUUUAUUGGAGAAAGUUUAAUAUGUUUUAUUCCAAGUCUCAUAGCAAUUGCGCAAGGUAUUGGUAGUGAAGUAGCAUGUCAUGGACAAGAACCAUCGUUUUCUCAGCCAAGAUUUAGUGUUAAAAUUUAUUUUUUCAUAUUAGCUGGAGUUAUUACAUGUUCAUUAAUCUCAUUCAUUCUUCUUCGAUGGACAUCAAUUGCUGAAAUUGGUAAUGCUCUUGAAAAGAGAAAUGAAACAACGAUAAUAGAUCAAGAACAAGAUCAAGAUUCGAAACAAGCUUGUUUAGAAGAAACGAUGACAACUGUAAUACAAAGAGAUAAUAAAUUGUCAAGAAGAACCUUUUAUUUACUAUUGAUCAUAUCUGUAAUUAAUUCAUUCAUUGUUUAUGGAUGUUUACCAUCGCUUAUCACUUAUUCUCUACUACCUUAUGGUCAACGUGUAUUUUAUUAUUGUUCACUGCUGGCACCAAUGGCGUAUCCUCUAGCUUGUUGUGUACAUGCCGCAAUUAAACUCAAAUUAAUAUCAUUGAUUAUCUCCUCAGUAAUUAAUAUUUUAUGCAGUCUAUUUGUCAUAUAUAUUGCAUUUAAUAGUCCAUGUCCAAUAUUACAUGAUACAGUUAAAGGUGGCAUAUUAGUGACAUUUAUUUGGUGUAUAAUUAUAUUUAUUGUCGGUUAUGUUCGUAUUAGAAUUGGAAAUAUAAUUAAAACAUCAUGGCCAAAACAAAAUGGUCUAUAUAUUUAUGGACUCACAACUCAAAUUGGUUAUUGUCUAGGAUCAAUACCCUUAUUUUUUAUUAUCAAUGUAUUUAAAUUAUUAAAAGAUCGUGAACCAUGCGUUAAAUAUUGUCACACUUGA